AUUAACCUAACAGGCUUAAAGUUCCACUUGCCGUCCACAUCUGUCAGGAGGCAGACGACACGGGCCCCUGAUCCGUGAGCCUGAGGUCCUUCGCCUUUGCGCCGUGGCCCGCUGACGGCAGAGGGUCCGAAGUCAGGGCGGCGGAGGACGGCGGGCACCACCCACCGCCCCUGCACGGCGGGGCCAGGGAAGUCAGAAAGCUCAUGCGGUGCACAGGACGCAGCACCACGGACUUCAAAGGGCUCUGGCCUGGAAAUGCCUGGAUGGACUAGUAAGACCGCUUUUUGCUGCUCUUUCAAACACGAUUCUGUGGAAAUGAUGAAGGUCGCGGGUGGGAGAUGACUGCAGGCUGACGCCAUGGGGUGUGCACCGUCCCACAGCGACAUUGUUAACAGCGUGGCUAAGAGCAGUCUCCAGUUUUUUAAAAAGCCCAAAGCAGUUCUGCCAGGGGCAAGUCAGGGGGACAGGGAAACAUGUUCCGUCCCUUUGCUGGCUCAAAGCUCCACCUGCUAUGACUCUGGGGGCGACUUGUGCCAGGGACAAAAGCCAACAGAGGUGCAGCCGGGUCCCAGAUGGACCCACACCAUGGCUGAGGAUACCACUGCAGGCAAAAAGAAAGAUCUGGAAGGACUGAUCUCAGAAACCAAAACUUCCCCAUCCCAGCUGAACAAAUCCCAAAGCCACAUGGCUAGGGACAUUCCAUUCAAGACACAGAGCUCCCACAAGUCACAAGGGGCAGCCUUUUCUGAAGAAGAAAAGGCAGAAAGUGUUACCUGUGAGACCUCCCUACGGGAGGGGGAGCCAAAAUGCCACAGGUCGGGGCCGCAGGGUCUUAGUUGCCAGGCCACCCCCCUUGCUCAGGGGUCGGAAGGCAAAGUGGACUUUCCUGAGCCCCUGGUGAUGGCCCACCAGCACGCUUACGCCUAUCUGCACUCCUGCCUCUCCAAGUACGAAGCCGUUCUGAGCCUCACCCGUCAGGCCACGCAGACCCAGGAGCUGCUGCAGCCCAUGGUAAGCUUCCUGCUGCUGUGCUGCGAUGAGGCCAACCAGCUCUUGGGGGAGAUCUCCAAGGACGGAGAAGUGCUCCUCCGGGAGGUGAGGGGGGAUCUGGCUUGGCCGUGGAAGAAAGGGGAGCCCUGGGAGCAGCCAGAUCUCCUGCCGCAGCUUCUGCAGUACACAGUCAGCAGGCUGCAGGGGCUCGGCGGCACAGUGGCCUCACUCACCAGCGGCUUCCUGGAGGGCUCUGGCAGCUACCUGCAAGCCGCUGCAAGCCACUUGGGAAACACGCUGAGCACGAAGAAGGGGGUGGAUGCGCACCUCCUGCAGGCUCUGGGGCAGCUGGAGAGCUUGGCGAGCGGCCACAGUGACCCUGGGGUGCAGGGUCUACCCCUGUGCUCUGAGGACAGUGGCAUCGGUGCGGACAGUGAGUCUGUGCACCUGGUGGACAAGCUGGACAAGCAAGCCAGCUGGGACCUAACGCCGGAGCCUGCAGACUGGAAGUCAGGGACUUCACCCCCAGGGGAGGCCAGGCUGUUGGGACGUACCUGGCAGCAGAGCCCAGUCUGGAUGGGCUUGGACAGACCCCAGGACUGCCCACUCUCAAGGCCUCUUCCGGCAAAGGUUCGGCCAGCAGCAGAGGGUGGAGCAGGGAGUCUAGGCCCCUCCUGCCCAGGCCCAGAAAAUGCUGCCUCCAGGCCUCUGGGGGUAGGCAAAAGCAAUUCCUGUGAGUCCUCUGGGGCCAGGACCUCGGUGGAAGCACGCCUUUCUAAAGGUUCCAGGUCACUGGGUGCUCCACCCUCCAGUGAAGAGGAAGGCGGGAGCACAGAGGAGGAGGAAGAUGAUUUCCAUGCAAGGCCUCGGUCUUCUCCUCCUGGCCCAUUUCAGCCGUACCCCAGGGGGCUUAGGAGCCUCCAAGCCCAGGAAAUGGUUCUGAAGAUGAAGGAAGCAAUCAGUGAAAGGAUCAAGUUUGUCCCUGUGUCCGCUGGGCACCAGGAGUGGGCUGAGGAGGAGGAGAGGACUGUGGUCCCACCGAGACCUAGCACAGUCAGUGGCAGCCGGAGAGCCCCUGUGAGACAGAGGAGGUCCCAGUCAGAGGGGAGUCUUAAGGGCCACGUGGAGGAGCCCACCCUCCAGGAGCUGCAGCGGGUCCAGAGAGACCUCAGCCAGAGGCUGGAGGUGUUCUCCUCCCUGGGCACCCGACGGCAGGGGCUGCGCAGGGAGCAGGUUCCGCAGCCCAGAGCAGCUUCUCUGAAGCCCGACAGCCACCGCAGGGCCACCCCGAGCAGCCCCAUCAACAAACUGAAAGCAUCCCUGACCAAGAACUUCAGCAUUUUGCCAAGUCAGGACAAGAGCAUUUUGCAGAAAUGCAGUCCCCGCCCUGAGGGGGAACGGCCCUGGCAGGGGGGAGCUGAGGCGUUUCCAAAUGCCGCCCCAUCGGGACAGAGGGCCAGGGAGGCUCCCAGGGCUGAGGUCUGGGAUGUCAGGGGCCAUCCCCCCAGGACAUCAGUCAAGAAACUCAUUGAAACUUUCAGUUCCAGUGAGAAUCUGCAGACACUGGCAGGGUCCAAAGACUCUGGGCCGAGCCCCUGCCUCAGGAAGUGGGGGGUCCCCAUGAUGCCCCCCAGAUUUCCCAUUUACAGGGGGCUUGCCCCUUUGUAUCCAAAGCCCCGAAUCUCUCCUGCGGUAUGCAGAGGGGAUCUCAGAGGGGGCCCAGGCUGCAGGCCCGGAGUCCCUGCCUCUCCCCCUCUGCAGGCAGCGGCCACGAGUGAGGAGCUCCAUGGUGUAACACAGGGGGAGGACCCAGCGCACCUCCCUCCGCCACCUCUAGAAGUCCUGAUGGACACAUCAUUCACCACUCUGGAGCCCCAAGAAGGCAGCAAGCCAGCAGGGAGCUCUCCUGACGGGCCCCACGUGCCUGGGCUGGCAGAGGCUGGCCCUGCCGGGAGAACAUGGAUGUCCCCAAAGCUAAGAGCCUCCGUGAGCCCCACUGACCUGCUGCCCAGCAGGAGCACUGCCACCCCCACCGGGCCCUGCGGCACAGGGCUGGGGAGCAGUGAGAGCGGCUGCAGUCCUGGAAAGCUGGCCUUGGACCUCAACCACCCCCCGGCAAUGAGCCCAAACCCAGAGGAGGAGGCCAGGGAGGCUCAGAGCCGGGCACACGUGACCAGACCCGCAAGCCUCUCCAGGCAGCCCCGGAGGGCAGGUACCAGGCACCACCCCAGCCACAUCGCUGGGCAGCACAGGGCCUGGGAGCCCAGCCUGCCCAGACCAACUCGGGGGCCACAUUCAUCUGAGGCCACAAGGAAGAGCCAAGAGAGAAGCUCGGCGCUGGUCAGGAAGGCCUCUCCUGUGAGGGCGCCCAGAGCAGACAAGAGGCACCCGAGCCUGCCCUCCUCUCACAGACCUGCUCAGCCAAGCGUCCCCUCUGUGCAUGGGUCCCCCAGCCCAACAGUCAGCCCUCUGGCGAGCCCCAGGGCACUGAGCCCCCCAACAGUAAGGGAAGGGUCGUCCCCACCACCCCAGCACGACCUGCCCAGCCCUCCCGCUGAGAGCUCACCUGCUGGGCACAAGAUCCCCAACCCCCCUGCCCAGCACACAGAAGCAAGCUCCCCUGCCUCUGGCCCCUCCCCAUCCCCUCCGCUGUCCCCCACACAGGGCCAAAAGGAAGCAAGAGAGUCUGAGAAUAGCUGGGCAGCCACAGCCAGAGCAUCUCGGAACACACGGGCCCUUUUCUGCCCAGCCACCUCCCCUCUGUUUGAAGCCAAAUCUCCACUCUCAACAGCCCACCCAGUCACCCCAUUCCUGCCACCUGAAGCUGGGGGUCCUCGGGGGACCCCCACAGGGUGCUGGAGAGGCAGCUCAGGGCCACAGCCGAGGUGGGGCUCGCAGCGGGGAAUGGCCCUGUGUGCCCUCAACCCUCAGCCCUUCAUCAGACGGACCGCUUCUGACUGCCAGCCAGGUGCCCGCCUUCUCCUGCCUGUCCCAGGCGCCACCGGCAACGCUCGUGAACCCCAGCCGGGCCAGAGCAGCAGCAGUGAGGCGAGCCCCAAGAGGGACACAGAGCCGUGGAGCAGCAGCCCCUGCGCCCUGGAACUGAGGGGCAGUGGCAGGGCCGCGUCUGUCCAGGAACUGUGUGUGCUGGGCCACGGGCUGCAGCGGGACACCAGCGCCGGCCACACCCAGGACAAGCCCCAGCAGAAGGAAGUGGCCUGACUGGCUAAGCAUGACCGCCAAGUGUCAGCCUGCCCCACGGAUGGCGGGCCAACCACCCUCCUCCUAAGGGGUCCUGGAAGGGCCUGGACAGUGCAUUGCCCAGAGGUCUGCUGAACUAUAAACAUUCGCUGUUUUGGGUCCCAGCUCCUGGUUUGCCUUGAGGUCCAAAGGUUAACUAUAACUUUGAAUCCCACGGUGGCACCCUUAAUCCUUCAAGUACUGGCCUUACUUUAGAGGAAACUUGAGUUUCUCGGAUGCUUGAUGGGCCGGGUGUUUUACCUGCGUCAGCCCCCUGAAAUCCCUUCAUCCCCACCACAAUAUGGGAGGCAGACAGCAUUCUGUAACCAAAGCGCCCCCACCCAGUGACUUGUCUGAGGUUGCACUGCAAACAUUUGAACCGGUGCAGGGGUGUAGAAUCUGUUGUCUUCCAUCAUGUCUCACUACCCUUGAACAUCCCAUCACUCCAUCUGCCUAAAACAUACUGUUGUGCAAACGGUGGGAA